AUGAACGGUAAUGUGAUCGGAGCAGUUACAAAAAACACGUCAUGCUCAGCUUGUCAUGAAAUUCACACUAAAAUCAAAAGGAGAAUGGUUAGAUUUCAUUUCGAAUAUCCAAUAAAUUUUGGUUUGGUGCAAUGUGGUGAGGAUCAAGACAAAUGGCUUGAGAAGGAUUGCAUAAAAAAAGUGAACCAUCAACUAAAUAAUGAAUUUUUUGUUGAUAAUAUUAUAUGUAAUAAUUGA